AUGAUUGGCCUUUUCUCUGUCAAGCAUCCUCAGGAGUUCAGCCUCAAUAACGGCUCUAGAUUCAUAUCCAUUGCAAGCGCUAGAAGAGCUAUCUUUCGUUUCUGCUAUGUUGUCGAAGAUUUUCCUGAACUUAAAGAUGGCGUGUGCAACAAUGGGUACGUAGAUGACCAACGCGAGGAUGUUGAUUGCGAUCAGGGCACCGACAGGGUUCAACCCCUCGGUAACUUUGCAAUCCAGCUUAUCGAACAGGAGCUGAAUCAUGUCGAUCAUGGAGAGCAAGAGCAACACUUCGCCGACGAUGGAGCUCGCCGUGGAGAGAGCGAACAUGGACCAUCUCAGCGCCUUGCUCGACUUCCCAUUGAUGUCAUUGGGUUCAUGGAUGCUGAUGAGUUAGGUGAAGGGGUGGGUCUUGAGGGCUUUGGCCACGAGGCUGGACAAAAGAUAGCAGGCGAACGAUAUCACUUCGUUCCUGACCAGCCUCCUCGCCACCUGAACUCCUGCUCGGCACUGCUCGGGACCCUCCAUGAUCUCUUGUCCGCCGCUUAG